GUACAUACAGGAGGUAAAACUGACUGUCUGUGCUCAGUGUGUUGUCAGACCAUUAGACGCUCAGAGAACACAAGCCAUUGGGAAAUAACUCAGAAUGGAUUUACCACAAGAUUUUGCACUACUACUGGUUAUAUGUGCCUCAUGCCUCUUCUUGUAUUUAAGAUUGAAGAGGUUUUGGACCUGUCAAAACUUUCCCCCUGGACCAACACCUCUACCACUGCUGGGGAACAUCCUAGAGAUAAAACUAGGAGGCAUGGUGAACUCUGUGAUGAAACUCAGAGAGAAAUAUGGUGAUGUGUUUGUCAUCUAUCUUGGGUCCCGUCCAAUUGUGAUUGUCACUGGAUACAAAUUAGUGAAAGAAAUCUAUUUAGACAGUGGAGAUGAUUUCAUAAAUCGGGGGAUCAUACCAUGCUGGCAACCUUUCUAUAAGGAUCACGGUUUGGUUUUUACAAGGAAUGUAGAGAGGUGGAGGGAGCUUCGUCGAUUUUCCAUGUCCAUUUUGCGUGAUUUUGGCUUUGGAAAAAGGAGCGCUGAAGAGCGCAUUCAGGAAGAGGCUAGUUGGCUGGUGGAAGAGCUGAAGAAGACUCAAGAAUCAUUCUUUGAUCCUUGGCACUGUGUCAGCAAAGCUAUUGGCAAUAUAAUUUUUUCCAUCAUGUUUGGAAAUCAUCAUGAAUAUGAGGACAAGGACAUGGAUAAUGUUUUGUCUUAUAUAAAUGAAACAUUUUUGAUUAUCUGCUCAUCCUGGGGGCAGAUGUAUGAUACAUUACCAUGGCUGAUGAGAUAUAUUCCUGGCCGUCACCACAAGAUAAAACAUCUGCUAAAGAAGCUCAGCCACUUUGUUGAAACAAGAGUCCAAAUUAACUUGAAAACUUUGGAUCCUAAUAACCCAAGAGAUUAUGUUGAUGCUUUCCUCAUUAAACUGGACAAGGAGAAAGCUAACCCAGACAGUGAAUUUAACAUGAAGAAUUUACUGGCGUGCACCUUACAGAUCUUCUUUGCUGGGGUGGACACUGUCAACACAACGCUAAUCUAUUCUCUCUUAAUUCUUCUGAAAUAUCCUGAUGUUCUUGCCAAAGUGCAUGAUGAAAUUGACCAUGUCAUUGGUCGACUUCGUAGUCCAACUGUUCAAGACCGGAACAACAUGCCUUAUACAGAAGCAGUGAUCCAUGAAAUGCAAAGAUUCACUGAACUGGCUCCACUGGGUUUUCCACGGGCAACAACAAAAGAGGUGAAGAUAAAUGGAUACACACUACCAAAGGAUAUCGAUGUUUUCCCAAUACUGACAUCUGUGCUGAAUGAUCCGUCCUGUUUUAAGUACCCGAAAGAAUUCAACCCUGAAAAUUUCCUGAACGAGAAGGGACAGUUUCAGAAGAAUAAUGCCUUCAUGCCUCUAGCUGCAGGAAAGAGAAACUGCAUCGGAGAGCCCCUAGUACGAAUGGAACUGUUCCUCUUCUUUGUCACCAUCCUGCAAAAUUUUAACUUGAAGUCCCCUGUGCCACGGGAAGAACUGGACCUUACACCCAAUGUAUCAGGACUGUUGAACUUUCCCAAACCAUAUAAAGUUGCCUUUAUUCCUCGUUAACUACUAAAAUGGGCUCAGAACAUUCAGGUGUCCAUCCCAACUUAUUUUGGAGUGUAUAUUUACUAAUGUUAUGGUGUUGAGAAAUGAAGAUAUUACCAAUAACAACCAAGCAAAUUCUAGCUAUUAUCUUCGGGAAGGUGCUCGAUGAAUAAAAAGUAAAAUCUGAUUGGUUGCUGUGGGCAACCUCUCCACUUCUAAAAAUCUGCACUAUAUUAAAUACUGUGUACCCCUAAGUAUUUACUUGCUGAGAAUUUAAGGUGACUUAGGGGUACAUUUACUAAG